AUGACUGGCGUUCCUCGCGGCGACAGGCGGCGACAUGGACAUCGGUGGCCACGAAACUCGCUGCGCCAGCCACCUUCACUGUUGGAAGCGUUAAUGGUUGAAUCCAGACGGACAGAAGAGUCUAAAAGGGCUGCCACCUCACCAGCCCAGCCCCGUGAAUUUUCCACAUCCACAUCCGGAAACUACAAACCUCAGCUGCGCGCCGCGGUCCCAUCGUCGGGAUUGGGUGGUUGCGCCGCAGCUCCGGCCGGUCAACAGCUUAACUGCCUGCGUGCUAAGGACCCUGACAUGUAUCAGUUGUGCAAAGGCUGCCUGGGAUUGGGAACCAGCGCGUUAAUCGACUGUUUAUCAUCGAAAACUGCUUGCCCAGCUCGACCACCGCCGGGCGCACUUGGCGGUUGCACCAAAUUCACGCACGGUCAAAACCUUAACUGCCUCCGUGAUAAUGACCGUGGGCCAAUCGCUUCUGCCCGGACUCGCUUCGGCGUCCACCCCAGCUAA